AAAUAAAUACAAUUACUAAAUUGGACGUAUUGACUGCGUUAUUCUAAAUACAACAGAAUAAUGAUAACGUAGGUAUUGUACGGUAUUGUACAGUACAGUUGUGACAUCUACAAACGAUAGAGUCAGCUGUAAAAAUCAAUAUUUCCAUCACCGUGCCAAUGGUAAAGGCACAACAUUGGCAAAGCAUAUCGCGACAAUGUAACGCUAGCUCAGAAUGGCAGAAUUCUCCUUAAACAUUCAGAGGCAUAUAAAGGCAGGUCUUGUCGUGAGUGGAAAAUUUGACGGCUCGCAUGCGUGCCUUGCGGCUGCUACACCUGGCGGAACUAUUUUGGUGCACAGUCCACACAGGCAACCGCAGGUCGAUUACUCCGAUCACAAGCAGUCGAGUAAAAGAUUGUCAUGGAGCGGCGAACUUGCGGAGCUCCAAAUUGGUACCGAGGUCCGAAUGUGCUGGAAUGAAAAUGUGAAAUCAUUAUGCACUGGUCGCCUUGGGGAAGAUGAGAGGGAUGUUCUUUUGGUCGGUACUAUUUCUCACGUUCUCGCUUAUCACGUCGAGGAUAAUGCUGAUGUUUUUUACAAGGAGAUGUCGGACGGUGCAAGUUGUAUGAUUGUUGCAAAAGUCGGCUGGCUACCAAACCACGUUGUAGUGGUAGGUGGCAACUGCUCGGUGACAGUCUUAGAUUCGCAUGGAACAGAAAUAUUUUGGACAGUAAUGGGAGGUAUUGUUACCUCACUGGCAGCGUUUGAUUUUGAUGGAGAUGGAGAAAAUGAAUUACUGACGGGUACAACAGAUUUUGAAAUUAGAGUGCAGAAGAAAGACAGCAUGCUUUGGGAAACUAAGGAAACAGCAGCGAUCGUUGUUCUCACUGAUCUCCCGAAUAGGCAGUUCGCUUAUGCUCUUGAAAACGGAACAAUCGGGGUCUACGAAGCAGGACAGAGACUAUGGCGAGUUAAGUCAAAGCACAAGGUGAUAACCGUAACCACUUUCGAUAUAAACGGCGAUGGUGUACCGGAGCUGAUCACUGGUUGGAGCAGCGGAAAAGUGGAUGCGAGAACAUAUAACACCGGUGAGGUCAUGUUUAAGAUUCAACUAUUAUCCGGCGUGGCGGGCAUAGUAGAAGCUGAUUAUCGAAGAACGGGCAAACCUGAUCUGGUGGUGGUUUCUACUAACGGUGAAGUGCGCGGAUACAGCACUGGCUCUGCCAUGCAAGCUCCAGAACCCGGCGAGAUAAUUCGUGAACUAUUAGCUAAGAAGCAGGCACUCCAGAUGGAAUUGCGACAGAGGGCUGCGACGGGUUCUAAUAUGUACUACGGAUCGAGACUAGCCAUCAGCCUGCUGACAAAGAGGGGUGCAGCCCGCGUCGCGCUUGCCGCUGGACCUGGGCUUCUGGUGCAUUGCGCCAUAGUCUUUGCUGAGGGUGUUUUUGAGGGUGAGACGCUGGUCACCCAUCCCAACCGGCCGCAAGGGGAGUUAGAGAUCGCGCUUUAUCCUGCAAAGAAUGAUCCCGUAGACAUUCACGUUAAAGUGUACGUCGGACCAUCUGGUGCCGAUCUACUACAGGUCUUCGAAAUAACGCGGCAGUUGCCAAGAUUUUGUAUGUACGAGCGCAUCCCGAAGCCUCAACAUGUCCCAGAAGAAUUAUCGAACAAUGGCGUUGUGGCGGACGUCGCGGAGAGACCACAGCGGAUCGCCAUUUGGCUGAACCAGAGUCUCAUUCUGGGAGAGGAACUGGAGGUCGUGGAGGGCGGCCCGAAUGCCGGAUGCAUCGAAGUGUGGCUUCGUGGGAUGCGGGACGACAAGGCGCACUGCUUCAAAUCGAACGCCGGUGGAAAAGUGAUAAUCCAGACAGAUGAUGCGACGUUUGCCGGCGACAUUAUCCAAUCUCUCGCUAUGUAUUUAGGCGUCAGAGAACUAAACUCAGAAGCCACGUUCCCCGCGGAGGAGAAGAGGAUGUUGGACGCGUUGGAACGCGUUAAGGGUUUAAAGGAAGUCGACGCGCGACUUCAGGCGGAAGCCGCGGGCGGUGCCACUCUUCUGAAGAGUAUUGUGAUUCGCUUAGAAGAUGCUAGAAUCCUCGAGAAUAUUGACGAUAUGCGAAAGAAACUAAUGCAGUUGAAGAACAUUAACGGUGACUUGAUUCGAGAGCACGAGAUUCGGCUCAACAGUCAUCGGGAGCUCGCGGCUAGCUUGAAAGAACUGAACAUCGGGGUGCAGCGUGUAGCGAGGCUCAGAGUUGGAAAAGCUGCCUCAAACGCAGUAGCUCGUUGUAGAGCGGCGAUACAGGACGAAAAUGCGAAAGCUCUUGCGCUCGCGAUAAGACACGGCUAGAUCAAAUAUAUCUACAGGCUACGCAAUAUAAUUAUCAAUUUUGCAAUUACACCAUGUAAUUCUUUU